AUCAUGAUUUCUGUCUUCAGAACCAGUUGCCUUCGGAAAAAGCGGAAGAGGAUAUCGGGAUGACAUCGGUAUUAUUCUCUAGCCCGAGAUGGCAAGGAGUGCGAUAGAUUCAAUUCCCCGCGGACGAAGCGAAGCCGGACAAUGCGGGGUAUGGAGAGGUCCACUGUUCCUUGUGCUUCCUGAGCCAUCAUUCCCAAUUCCCCAUCUUCCAGGUAUAAGAGCGCCAUUUCCUACGAUGAAUUUCAACAAAGCAUUCUGCAUCUUUCCCCUUCUCCACUAUGGCGUAUCUUGGCCUCCGAGGCAGCUCGCUUCGCAUUGUCAUCAGUCUCAUUGCAGCGACUGCAUUUGCCCUGCAGGGCUAUGAUCAGGCGCUCAUGAAUGGCUUGGUGACUCUGUCUACCUUUGACACCACUUUUCCCAAGAUGAAAGACUCCAAUAUUGAAGGGACCACCGUUGCCAUCUACGAAGUUGGCAGUGCCAUCGGCGCCUUUUCCUGCGCGUUUAUCGGCAACAUUCUCGGUCGUCGCUACACCAUCUUCACUGCUUGUUGUGUCUGUCUGGUGGGGAUUAUCCUGCAAGCAACUCCCUUUGCUCUCGGGCAGCUCAUCACCGCCAGAGUCAUCACGGGUCUCGGUGUAGGUGCUCUGACUGCCACUGUCCCCAUGUGGGUGGCCGAAUGCUCCAAUGCCAACGAACGAGGUCGUCGCGUUCUCAUCCAAGGAUCCUUUGUAGCCAUUGGCACCGUCACUGCAUCAUGGCUGGAAUUCGGUCUCUACUUUACCGAUAGCCCUGCCAACUGGCGCUUCCCCAUUGCUUUCCAGGCCUUUUUCAUCCUCAUCGUGACAUCCCUCGUGCUGUUCCUGCCCGAGUCCCCCAGAUGGCUAAUCAUGAAGGAUCGCAUCGAGGAAGCCGAACGGGUCAUCAGCGCUCUGGAAGACCUCCCCGCCGACGAUGAAGUAGUCAAGGAUGAACUGGCCCUAAUCCGAGAAUCCUAUCUCGAAGAGCAGCGACAGUCCUCCUCCAUCUUCGCAAUGGGCCCCGAACGCCAAUUCCACCGCGCCGUCCUGGCCGUCGGCAUAGCCAUCCUCGCCCAAAUGUCCGGCAUCAACAUCGUCACCUUCUACUCGGACACCGUCCUAGAACAACAACUCCACUACUCCGCAACCACAGCCCGCAUCUUCUCCGGCUGCAUUCAAAUCUGGCAGUUAGUCUCCGCCAGCUUCGCCGUCCUCCUCAUCGACCGCUUCGGCCGCAGGAAGCUCCUCCUCUUCGGCGCCCUGGGCAUGUGCAUUGUCCAAGCCGCCCUAACCGGCCUCAUGUCCACCUCCAACAAAGACGCCGCCAAAGCAUCCAUCUUCUUCUACUUUGCCGCCAUGACCUUCUUCCCCAUCGGCCUCCUAUUAAUACCCUUCAUGUACGCCGCCGAGAUCGCCCCGUUAUCCAUCCGCCAUAAAGUCACUGCCAUCGGGGCCUGCGCGAACUGGCUAUUCAACUUUCUGGUGGCCGAAGUCACCCCGCAUGCUAUCGCUAGCAUCAAAUACCGGUACUACAUCGUGUAUGCUUGCAUCAACGCCUUCUCGGUCGUGGUCAUCUACUUGUUCUGUCCCGAGACCAAGGGCCGCACCCUCGAGGAGGUCGAUGACUUCUUCAUCCAGUCGAAGAGUGUCUUUGACACCGUCAAGGUGGAAAAGACCAUGCCGAGGAAUGGUGUUGUUACUGCGGCGCGUAUUCGAGAUGCCCAUGCGAGUGAGAAAGAGACGGCGCUUCAUAUGGAGGGUUGUUAACUGCACUACCUACACUACUAGAGGGUCUUGGCUAUACACGACAUAGAUUAGAUAAUAGAUUUCUUCCAAGAC